AUGUCGUCCAAGACUGGCAAGGCUGGCAAGGCUGCCGGAGGCAAGGCCAAGUCGCGCUCUUCUCGCGCCGGCCUUCAGUUCCCCGUUGGCCGUAUCCACCGUCACCUGAAGAACGGUAACUACGCCCAGCGCAUUGGUGCCGGUGCCCCCGUCUACCUCGCGGCCGUCAUGGAGUACCUCGCCGCUGAGAUCCUCGAGCUGGCCGGUAACGCCGCCAAGGACAACAAGAAGACCCGUAUCAGCCCCCGCCACAUCCAGCUGGCCGUCCGCAACGACGAGGAGCUCAACAAGCUGCUCUCGGGCGUCACCAUUGCCCAGGGUGGUGUGCUCCCCAACAUCCACAACAUCCUGCUCCCCAAGAAGAGCUCCACCGCCGUCAAGGGCGCCAAGGCUUCCCAGAGCCAGGAGUUCUAA